UUGCAGGCGGACUUUCGGCCUAUGUGUACCCAAUCGUGGCCAGUCUCAGUUUUAGCUUCCGCUUCCUCAUCAUUGCCAUUCUCAUCUUCAAAUCACGAUGCCUCACCAGACAACUCAUCUAUCUUCUGUCCAUUCUGGUGUCAAAUGUAAUCACGGAGGUUCUCUACGGUUGGCUGUGGCUAUUCUCUGUGAAAGGUCUCGUUUAUGUCACGCGUGCACGGUCCCACUUCUCACCUAUGUACAUCUCAUCCGCUUCCUGUACCGUAUUUCGCAUGGCACACAUGUUCACCAUGACACUGAACUGCAACGUGCUCGUCCUGGCCAGUUUGGAUCGAUUACUCACAAUUUACCAUCCUGUUCGGAUGGCUCGAGUGCAACGGCGUGCUGCGUGGACAGCCGUGCUAGCGGUCAUCGUGGCCACUGCCUGCUUCAUCGUCCCGAUUUGCUGGUCCAUCAAAUGGACCAUGUAUGGGCAUGUAUUCGUCUGCUGGUUCUCUCCAGAUCAAGUAACGAUUCCGACAUUGAGCGUGCUAUUCUCUCUCGCAUGUGUUGUUCAACCGUUUUUAGUUGCUGUCAUCAAUCUAGUGUUUUAUCUGCGUUUACGAUUGCCCAAGGUCAAGCGUGUAAAUGCGAAAAUGAAGGCCACGGAACGGCACCGGCUACGUUACACACUCGGUUUUUUCAUCUUAUCACUGAACUAUGUUAUCUUCUCCAUGCCUAUUAGCAUCGCAGCACUGGUCUUUCAGAGCAUUUAUUUCACUGGCACGCCUGACGCGAUCUUGGUUCACAUAUGGCUCG